AUGUCUACUUUCGAGGAAUUGUUAGCUCAGGAUAAGCAGUUACAAUAUGCUUUACAAGCUGUAAGACACUACCAUAGCGAGAAAGUCCCAGAAUUUUUGGAAAAGGAUAGCCAUAAUAGAAGACCAACACCUUCAUCUACACCGCAGGGAUCGACUUCAACAACACCUGCAUCUACCGCAGGCACUGCUGCAAAUGCCAAUGCACAAUCUCAAUUGAAUGCCGGGAAUAAUAAACGCCAUAUUGUAAACGUAGACGAUAUUUCCAAGAUUAACUACGAAAUGAUAAAGAAUACCCCGGGGAAUCUACCAGAUAUUGAUGAGAAACUGGAUCCUAAAUCUAACAAUUCGGAUGGCGAGAUUAGUGGACUCAAGACAAAACUAUACAAAAAUCGGUUAUACGAUUUAAAUGACGAUUUCUUGGAGAUUAUCAGUCAUCGUAUGCCCACAGAGGAAAAAUCAUCAGAACCACCACUACUACCGUUGCAAGACCAAGUCAAUCUUCUCUCACAAAUACAACGCAAUCUAAUCGGGGACUAUGAAGACCUACUAAAUACUGAGCGCAAGUGGUUCAUCCUAAAGGAAAUUUUACUGGAUGCCAAUGCUGAACUAGAUCUUUUCAGCACACAGGAAGAACGUAAGAAAACCAUUAAACUGGGAGCUACGACCGUUCCUCCGAAUGCUAAUGCUAAUGCACUCGUAUUCAACAGACCAAAAAGACAAAAGGCUCAUGGUAGCAGGCCGGAUGAUAUCUUGUAG